AUGGAAGGUAUGAUUGUGGGAGGUGGUGGAGGGGUCGGUAACCAAGCACCACCACCGCCGCCAGCUGAUGCCUCCGCCACUACCCGAGUUGUUGAGAGGCUUAAUCCGGCUGUUCAGCAGCAGCUUAACCUAGAGUCUGUCAAGACUAGAGCCAUCAGUUUAUUCAAAGCCAUCUCUCGAAUCCUUGAAGACUUUGACCUAAUUUCUCGCACCAAUUCUGUUCCCAAAUGGCAGGAUACACUGGGGCAAUUUUCAAUGGUGAAUUUGGAACUGUAUAACAUUGUGGAGGAUAUAAAGAAAGUUUCCAAGGCUUUUGUUGUACAUCCUAAGAAUGUCAAUGCUGAGAAUGCUGCCAUUCUACCUGUGAUGUUGUCUUCAAAACUGCUACCCGAAAUGGAAAUGGAAGACAACUCAAAAAGAGAGCAGCUGUUGCUUGGAAUGCAGAACCAGCCUGUGGCUGUGCAAAUCGAUAAAUUAAAGGCUAGAAUAGACAUGAUUGGGGCAGCCUGUGAGAGUGCUGAGAAAGUCAUAGCUGAUACAAGGAAAGCGUUCUUUGGCACUAGACAGGGGCCUACACUUCUUCCAACCCUGGACAAGGUUCAAGCUGCUAAAAUACAAGACCAAGAGAAUUUACUUCGACAGGCUGUAAAUCACGGCGAAGGUCUGCGAAUACCGGUAGACCAAAGACAGAUGACAUCUUCUCUCCCAGUUCAUUUGGUAGAUAUAAUUGGUGACGCUGCCCCAACUUUUACAGAUUUAUCUGGAAUAUACGUGAAAGGCACUCCUCCCCUGGUAAACAAUAGCAAUCAGGGAACCUUGUUACCGGCUUCUGGAACCCCUAACCUUGGAAGGGUGGUUGCUUCUCCUGGGACCACAGCGAGUAGUACUUUUGAAAAUACAUCUCCAUUACCAUAUGCUAAUUCACCGAGGUCUGGUGGUGCUAGUAUGAUGAAUACUCCAUCUCCUCAACAGCAGCAGCAGCAGCAGCAACAACAACAACAACAGUUGCAGCAAAGGCAGAAAAUGAUGCCGCAAGUAUCACAACAGCAGCAACUCUUGGCGGCACAGCAAUUAAGGCAGACCCCUUUAUCUGGAGUGGGACAGACCCAACAAGGGCAGCUGCAUGAACUUCAAGGCCAGUCUCAGCAAAAGUUUCAGCAGUUACAUGGGCAGCAUCCGAUGCAGUUCUCUCAAUCCUUGGGGGGGCAGCAGUUUCAGGGUAGGCAGCUUACUUCUGGCGCAAUUCAACAUGGUUUGGGUCAAAACCAACUCAAUCAAGGAAACCAGCUUAAUCGUCAGUUGAACCAAUUUUCAAAUUCUGCAAAUAGUGCCCUGUUUAGUGCUGCUCAGAUGACAGCCACCUCCCAGAUGAUUCCAAACAUGUCUGCUAUGAUGCAGUCACAAUCACUUAUGCCCAGGGUGCAGUAUGGAAUGUCCGGGGGCAAUCGGGGUCUGUCGUCACAAAACUUGAGUGAUCAAAUGUUUAGCAUGGGAGCCACAAAUGCGGGAAGUAUGAUGCCUAUUCAGCAGCAGCAGCAGCAGCAACAACAACAUGGUUCGCAGGGUGCGUUUGGUAACAUGGCGCAGAACAUGCAGAACCUACAACCAAAUAUGGUGCUCCAAAACACGCCUCAGAAUCAUACAAAUUUUCAGCAGCAGAGACCACAAAACUAA